UUAGCCAAUGAUUGUUUAACACGUUUCCGUCUAAUAAAUAAUUCUCAGUUGAGGAUUUGUUCACCAUAGUUAUUAGGAGUAAUUUUGCCUCUUCUCUCUGAAAGUUCAGAAUUAGGGUUUUUGUGCUCGAUCGAUCGGGGAGAGAAAUAUGGGAGGGGGCAAUGGCCAAAAGGCUAAGAUGGCUCGAGAGAAGCACCUAGAGAAGCAAAAAGCUGCCAACAAAGGAAGCCAAUUAGAAACAAACAAGAAAGCCAUGAAUAUCCAGUGCAAGGUUUGCAUGCAGACUUUCAUGUGCACAACAUCAGAAGUGAAAUGCAGGGAACAUGCAGAAGCUAAGCAUCCUAAAUCUGAUCCUUAUGCUUGUUUCCCUCAUCUCAAAAAGUGAGUGGAGUUUGACAAAAUGCCAUGUCAAGGCAGUAGAUUAAUAUUUUGCUUUAUACAAUUAGUAUGAUGGAUCCAUUUGUGCUCUUGUAAUUGUGGAAAGACAAUGAUUUGUCUUAGUGCCUCUUGUAUUGGAACCUGGUAAUCAGAAAAUGGCAAAAUUUGAGCAUCGUGCUUGUAGAUUUAGUUAUUGUUUAUGCUGACAUAUUGACAUGAAAAGAACUAUAUGAACUUUACGUUUCUACAUCAAUGUUAAACUAGGGAGUCAUUUUAUGAA